UUACAUGUUUUUGAUAAUGAACAUUCUCAUUGACAUUGAAGAAGCAGAUGAAGUGUGUGAGAUUGAGAAGGACGUGGAUGGUUCCGUUAACUCUGAGGUGAUAAAUGAGCUGUUUGAUGAAGUCCUGGAGGAGAGCGAUGAGAAAAGUGAUGAGGAGGAUGCGGAAGAAGAUGCUCUGAAUAUCUCCUCCAUGUCUCUCCUUGGUCCACUUGCAGAGACUGUAGCAGCUGUGGUCAAGAGCCCUGAAAGAAAGCCUAUGUCAUCGACUCCUUCCAGCUCAUUUAUUGCGAAGAGUUCAACCCCUGAGAGUGUAUCCAGGCCCAGUAAGUUCCAAAAGACAUGCAUGUUACGAGCUGAAUCGUCUGACAGCAUCAGUGUCCUAGAUGAGCAGCAAAACCAGAACCUUCCCUACAGCAUUGAUGCCUACAGAUCAACAAGGGUUAAGACUGAGCCAGAGAGACCUCGUGUUAAACAGGUGAUCGUGAGGAAAGAGGAUUGUUCUCAGAGAAUGGAGACCAAUGGGAGCCCCAGUCACAUCAACAUCAAGCAAAAAAUUAAGAUGUUGACCAAUGAGAUGAACCUGCAGCAGACAGUGAUCCAUCAGGCUAGUCAGGCUCUCAACUGCUGCACAGAUGAAGAGCAUGGGAAAGGAUCUCAAGUGGAGGCUGAGGCUGAGAGACUGCUGCUUAUUGCCACCGAAAGGAGGGCUGCUCUGAAGGCUGAUUUGGACCGGCUAAAAGCAGAGGGUCCAACAGCCCAGAAGAAAAGCACAAGCAGUGCUCAGGCAGAUAUGGGUUUACCUGCUUCUAAAGGGUCCAUCUCACUGCUAGAGCUGCGACUCCCUCUGAAGGCUGACUUUAUCUGUUCUUCUGCCAACAAGCCUGAAUGUGGAAACCAUUACUUCUUUGUGAUGAUCCGUGCUGGAGCGGAGAACACAGUGGCGACUCCUCUAGCAAGCGCACGCACUGGUCUAAGUGGUGAUGCUUUGACCUUCUCCACCAAAUUCACUUUGUCUGAUGUCUCUAAUGACUUUGAGAUCGAUAUUGAGGUCUACUGUUUGGUUCAGAAACGGGAGCUGAACCCUGACAAGAGGAAAAAGCCCAGCAAGUCAAAGGCUAUAACACCAAAAAGGUUCCUUGCUAUCUCUAAGAGCAACCUCCAAACACCUGUUGUGGCCAGCCCUGGUGGUCCAAACGCAGUGCGCACCAGUAGUUUUGUACUUGUCGGAGCACACAAGCUAACUUUAGCCUCUAUUGGGAAAAACAAAUUCCCGCUGGAGAAGAUCAAAUAUGAAGGGAUUGAAAGAGAGCUGCUCAUUGACAUGUUUCACAAAAAGGUACCUUUCCUUUGUCCUUUGGAGGGGCAUAUAUACCUGAAAAUGAAGUGCGAGGUUGGAUCACGGAUAGAGGAACGAGGCUUCCUGACUAUGUUUGAGGAUGUCAGUGGAUUUGGAUCUUGGCACAGGAGGUGGUGUGUCCUUUCAGGAUACUGCAUCUCUUUUUGGACCUACCCUGAUGAUGAAAAACGAAAGAAUCCAAUUGGUCGCAUUAACCUUGCCAACUGUACGAGUCGUAAAGUGGAGCCGGCAAACAGAGAGUUCUGUGCCCGGCCCAAUACCUUUGAGCUCAUCACAGUGAGACCACAGAGGGAGGAUGACCGAGAGACCCUGGUCAGCCAGUGCAAGGACACGCUGUGUGUUACAAAGAACUGGCUAAGUGCCGACACUAAGGAUGAAAGGAAUCUGUGGAUGCAGAAGCUGAACCAGAUCUUGGUAGACCUGCGCAUGUGGCAGCCAGAUUCAUGUUAUAAACCCAUGUAAGCCUGCUCUCAUCGGGCACCAAGGGCUAAAGGUAUCCUUGUCUGACUUUCACACUGACUGUGUUUAUGUCAGAUUUGGAAGUGCAAUAUGGCAUCAUAGUUACACAGUGUUUACAGAUGUAUUUUACAAGAUUUUUAUAAAUUUGACAAGUUUUUUUUUUUAAAUCCAUAAAGCCAUAAAUUAAGACACAUUUCAGUUACCCUUACAAGGGUUUUCAGGUAUGGUUUUGAUACUUUUCUCAGUGUAAUUUAGCAAGGAUUGCUUAAUUUUUUUUUAGACUAAUUUGACUAGUUUAUUUGCUUUGUUAGACUGUCAAUUAUUGUAUGUAUAUUUAAAUUUCUUUUUGCAUGACUGCUGUAUGCUGAGAUGCUUGCUGUAGACAAAUUUCUAAGAAUAUUCAUCCAGCAAGAAAUAAGGCAAUGUCCUGAAUCUUUAAAUGAACGAAACACUUAAUGUCAGUACUUUGUGGUAAAAAAAAAAAAAAAAACUUUAAAUUAAGUACUACCAGAACCCAUUAUCUGAUUUUAUAUUUGUAUAUUUGCUGUUAUAGGGAUGACUAAACAUUUUUGCUCAUCUGUCAUCAGGAUUUGGAAUUUUAUUUAAGUUUUUCUGGGGGGAUUUGGUUAGAUUAGAGUUAUUAAAGUUGAGAAAUUUAUAUUUAUAUAAAAUGUAAGUACACAAAGGUGAACUCGCUUGGAUAAUGGAAGGAAAUUGGCUUUUUUUUUCUUUAGGCAUUUAUGAGCAAUGUUAGUCCUGUCCUUGGCUGAAAAACUGCAAACAAUUUAAGAGUUAGAUCUUUUCCCAUAACCAAAGCUCUUUUCAGCUCAGUUUCUGCAGUAACACUGAUGAGUGAUAUGUGCCUUCAAAAGAAUACAAAUGUAAUUGAUAUUUGCCAUAGAAUCUAAUUUCCUGUUUUUAUUGAAAGAAAAAUGGUACAAGACAUGUUUUUUUUUCUUUGCUUGAUUCAGAUGACUUCACAAUAAUUGUGAGUUGGAAUAUGUAUCAUGCAUAUUCCCUAUUUCUUAAGCUCUCUACAUAUAUUUUUCUGUUUGCUUUGUAACUUUAAAUGAACAUUUUAUAACAUUUUAAAUGAUUCUUACUAAAUUUAAUUUACCUAUAUCCAAAUGUGUGUUUGAAUAAGUGACACUUACAAAGUUUACAUUUACACUAAAUGUCAUAUUGUCUUUGUUUUUCGUAAUGUAUAAUUUCUUAACCUUUUCAUAUUCAAAAAUACCAAAAUUCAUACCAAAAUUCAGCCCCAUCACUGUAGUAAUCUUAAGGCACUUUAGUGUUAUGGCUGUUUUGUGUUAUGGUAUCUGAAACACUCCAAAUAUGGCUUCCAUGUAUCAUGCAGAGCUGCGGUUUCAAUAAAACCAGCUUUUGAU